UGGAAUCUUGGCUUAAUGAUAAAUUUUUCGAUUGAGGUAUUUUUGAUACUAAUCUUUAUGAUGUUUUUCGUAAAGACCGUGACUCUGUCAAAACCGGAUGUUCCAGAGGUGGUGGUGUUCUCAUUGCUUUUCGGAGAAAAUUUCGAGCAUCAUUGGUAACACUUACCAAUUCUUUCCCCUCGCUAGGGCAGGCACCUUGUCGUUGGUGCGGGGGCUUAGCUGAAUUGCCGAUCAGCUCAUCUCUGGUUUGGGGUAUCGUGGACGUGCUCGUCGCUUCUGCGCUACCUUGUCUCCAGAUUGGGGCUGCCGGCAAACGGUGACCAAGAACUGCCACCUCCUAAUCCAGGGUGUUACGCGCACCGUGCCUAUUGAACGGUUUGCAGCCAGGAGGGAAUAAACCGGCUGUAGUAUAACGGCGCCUCUUCGACACCGGGCCGCAUCGAGGAGUAACGGUGGCCUUACCGCGACAUGGGGCGCUGGCGCGGCGGACCACAUGAGAUCCCCUAUUUUUACUUUUACUGCUGAGCUUGCCUAGCCGACCAGGCAGUCGUACGAACAAGAUGAAUACAACUAAACAACAACAAAAACACACAAAAACCAAAACCAACGCGUAAUCAAAUGCGAAAGACAGCUACAGCUACAGGUACAACAGCAGUAACAGGUACAACAUCAGCAACAGCUACAACAGGUACAGUAACAACCACAACCACAGUUACAACAGCAGCAGCAGCCACGAAGACGGUAAUUUCAGUGGCACCACCAAAGGUACCAACGGCCAAGCUCGGAAGCACUAUGCUGGGCGAAAGUAAAGGCACCAGGCGCAGUUGAAGCUUCCUUGAGAGUCUAACCGAGGAGGAGGCUGCCCUUUUCAUUGAACACGCCAGAGAAGAUGAGAGGCCAAGCACUAGCAGUGGCGGCGUGGUUUGGGCGCAGCUUCAUUUAGAACCAAGGCACCAAGAGAGCAGAGGCUCUGGCCCCGAAAAAUAGGCACCGAUCUCCAAGCAGGAACCGGGAUGCCAGUCGGCGUCGCUCCAGGAGCCGUGACCGCUUCGGGAGCCAUGAUCGCUCUGGGAGCCGAGGCCGAUCCAAGGGUCGGCAUCGCUCGAAGAGCAGACAUCGGUCCGGCGGCGGGCACCGCUCUAGCAGUAGGCACCGCAGGUCUCCUAUUCGGACCUCAUCGCUCGAGUCAGGGUGGCAGCUGCAACACAGCAAGAGGAAAAGACGCAGGUGUAUACCGCCUCCACUUCCGCCGUCCGGUCAACCGGAAGCCCUUGACGACCACCACCGAGCUGGUCUUGGUGGGUCGGGAGUUAAGUGGUAUCUCCGGUACCUGGGGCAGGGGAAGAAGCCGAGCGUAGCCCGCGCAAUGGCGGAAUUAAGGCAAGAGGUGGAGCUGGAGGCACAAGAGAGUGGUUAGGUGACUGCUACCGCUGGUAUGCAGCAGAGAGGUGAGCUACCCGCGCCUGCUGAAAAGCAGAGAGGCGGGCAACAGCAUCAGAGACCCGCGGCUGCUGAAAAGGAGAGAAGCGGGCCACAGCAGCAGAGACCCGCGCCCGCCAAAUGGCGGAGAAGCGGGGAAGCCACAGGUACCAUAACAGGCUCAUCAACAGCUACACCAAAACGCACUAGCCUACAGGUCACACCACCUGAGCCACCGUCCCCCAAACUACCGCGGAGGCUCCUACCACCUCCAACAGAGUCUAGGGGCUUGGAUGGGUCCGCGGGCCAGGGUCAGCCACAGGAGGUAAUCACUAAGCAGCCCAGCUAUUCGGAUGCUCUUAAAGGCAUACGGGUGGCUGUGCUGCCCUGUGACUACCCUGCUGCUACCCUAAGCCCUGAGGACCUCACCAAACUCCAGGACGCCAUCAUGGAUGAGGUCCUUAAAGGGUGGAAGCACGCACUGGUCUUUUGUGGGGUAUUUUUCGGGUCAGGCAUGCUCCUUGUGGACUGCAAGGAUGAGCGGACCGCAGCAUGGCUGGUAGAUAAGGCACCUAACAUUGCGGGGUGGGAGGGGCCCGCGUUAUGUACCAAGAGGGGGAGGACAUCCCGCCGGUGCAUAAUAUCUCGGUCUUCUUCCCAAGAUGCGCUGAGAAAUCGGCUGAGUACGUGCUGGGUCCCAUCCAGGCCCAGAAGGAGGUGCGUGGGAGGUGCUUUAAUGCGGAGCCGAAAACAACGGUCUCAGGCUCAACCUGGGGAUCGAUGAGGCGUCGUAUGUCAGCAUCAAGAGGGCCGGAUUCAUAGUCAACUUCCGCGACAUAAGACGACAGGCAGCAAGGAGUCAGAGUCCCAAGACAAGCAAGUCGACGAGGCUACUGACUCCACUGCCGCCCCAGCGACCGAGUCGACCACGGCCCUACCGGAAAAUCAGUCACUAGAACCAGCACAGGCACCAGCUCUUGUGAGUGCCCCGGGCCAAGUGCCACUGACUACGUGCGCACCACACCGGAGCUCCUAACGGACAUAGGCAGGCUCGAACUCGACAGAGGAGGCGAUGGUGAGGUACGGCUCUCAGACACCGAGGACGAGCCCCAACUAUGAACCAAACAGCGCUAACAGUAGCCCAGGUCAACUUGCAUCACGCGGUGGCCGCCUCGGCGAUCAUUGCAAGCAGGUUUGCCACGGAGGACCUGGGAAUCCUACUGAUACAGGAACCGUGGACCUACAGAGGCCAGGUGAGGGGCCUCAAUCAUAACAACAAUAAGAAUUUCUUACACAGGAUCUGGUAGCGGUCCAAGCUACCCUAAGGGUUAACGGGAAGGAACUGGAGAAGGUCUUAGCUGCAGUCUAUUUUCCGGGGGACAACGCCAACGUGCCGCCUCUUGAGGUACAGCAGCUGCUGGAAUUUUGCCGCAGAAAAUGACUUCCGGCGAUUCUCGUCUGCGAUGGGAACGCCCACAAUAUAGAGUGGGGCAGCUCGGACACAAACCGUAGGGGUGAGUGCCUAUUAGAAUAUAUAAUCAGUGAACACUGUAUCCAGAAUGUCGGUAAUGAAGCAACGUUCAUGACUCAGCAACAGACUGGCCAGUCCUCUGAUCGUUCAGUGGCGGGUCUCAUCCGAGCCCUCACUGUCGGAUCACAGGAUUAUCCGAUUUACACUGGGAUCUAAGGUUCUGACAGGUCACCCAAAGAGAAACCCCAGGAAAACAGACUGGGGUAAAUACGAAGAGGUACUGAGGUUGAACCUAAUCACAAUAGAGGCACAACAUAGAAAGGUGGAUUGUAUGGAGUUAGAGGACAGGGUCAACAAGCUGAACGGCACUAUUCUGGAUGCCUUCACCUCCAGCUGUCCCGUGUCAAAGCCAAAGGGGAAAGCUCAGCCACCCUGGUGGACACGGGAACUCUCAGUUCUUAGGAAAGAGGUGCGGAGACCUUUCAACAGGGCAAAGCGCACCGGGGACUGGGAGGAGUACUCCGUAGGUCUUAAAAAAUACAAUAAGGAGAUUAGGAAGGCCAAGCGUAGCAGCUUCAGGACCUUUUGUGAGAACAUAGCAUCUACUCCUGCAGCUGCUAUGCUGCAUAAAGCCUUAGCGAGAGACAACACAGGGACCAGGCUGGCUAUUAGGCUACCUAAUGGGGCUUUUUCAGGUACUGAACAGGAAAAGGCCCUCGCCCUGCUGUCGGCCCACUUUCCGGACGCCAUUCCCACCACCGGGGAUACGUUGUUCCGUGCGUUCAGGCCAUCCUCACCGGACUGGAAGUUGGCUAAAAGCCUUAUAAACCGGCAAACAGUGCGGUGGGCUCUGGACUCCUUCGAACGGUACAAGGCCCCUGGGGUGGAUGCUAAAGCAGGGCGGGGAGCUCUUGCUUCCACAUCUUGUGGACAUUAUGAGGGACAGUCUAGCACUGCCUCACAUUCCCAAGGUGUGCCAGAGGGCCAGGGUUAUCUUCUUGCCAAGUCAUUCAGGCCGAUAAGUCUCACAUCCUUUAUGUUAAAGGCAAUGGAGAAAAUUAUUGACCAUGAAAUCAGGUUUAACACUCUAAAACAAACCCCUCUGCAUUCCAACCAGCACGCGUACAGGGUGGGAAGAUCCACGGAUACUGCGCUGUAUGCCCUAACGGAGGAAAUACAAGGGGCCUUUGAGUGUGAUGAGGUGGUGCUCUGUGCCUUCCUCGAUAUCGAGGGGCCUUCGAUAACGCCUCCCAUUUAGGUCGACAGAGCUCUUAGCAAACAUAACGUUCAGCCAACCAUCCGAAGAUGGAUAGCAAGGUUAAUUCAGACCAGGAUUGCCGAAACUCAAGUCGGUGAUAGCGUCGUUCAAUUACAAACGACGAAAGGGUGCCCACAAGGGGGGGUAUUAUCUCCUCUACUGUGGAGCUUAGUUGUGGACGAACUCCUACAGAUACUUAAUAACGAGGGCGUUUCCAAGGGACGACAUAGUGAUUCUCGCUAGAGGGAGGUUCGAAAGUACUCUCUGUGACAUCGUCCAAAAAGGACUUAACCUCGCAAAAAGGUGGUGCGCAGACGUAGGUUUAAAUAUCAACCCUUCUAAGACAGCCAUAGUCCCCUUCACUAAGAAACGAAUUCUCCAGGGGAUGAGGAACUUGACCUUGGACGGGGUCGUAAUCAGUGUCGCCACAGAGGUUAAGUAUCUGGGACUUACCCUGGACUCCAAGCUUCUGUGGAGGGCCCAUGUUGAUGCGGUCACCAUGUUGAUAGGGCCACGAGAGGGAUGAUGGUGUGCAAACGUCUUGUGGGUAAAUCCUGGGGGUGCACUCUGAGGAUCCUCAGAUGGAUGACCACCAUGAUAGUGGCACCAAUAGUGACUUAUGGUGCGGUGGCUUGGUAUUCCAGGACUACUAUGGGAACGGUGAGGCAGACCCUCUCCAAGAUUCAACGUCUGGCAUGUGUUUGCAUAACGGGAGCAAUGCGCACAUGCCCGACGGCAGCGCUGGAGGUAAUGCUGGAACUCGAGUCACUGCAUCUCUCAAUUGAACAGGCUGCAAAGCGAACCCUACUUUACAUUGCGGGGCAGGGCUUCGGCAAAGGCAAGGCGUUAUCA